AUGGCUUGUAAGUGUAAGGGGAGCUUGAACAUGAGAAAGCCUCAGUUCUAUGAGGUGUAUUCGUCUUCUUCUAGCUUUGAAACUCUGAAAAUUCCAAAUGGUUUCGUCUGUCAAAUGGAAGGCAGGACAUGUGGAUUAGUUUCAUUAACUGGUCCUAGUGGAAAUACUUGGCAAGUUCGAUUAGUUGAGCAUGGCAAUUAUCUAUUCUUCCAUCAUGGAUGGUCAACAUUUACGGAAGAUCAUCAUUUAGAAUAUGGUGACCUUUUGGUUUUCAGAUACGAGGGUGACUUGCAUUUCACCGUGCAAGUGUUCGGUAAGAAUGCAUGUGAGAAAGAAGCAGCGUUUCAUUCUGCAUGCAAUCUAAAUUCAUUCAAUUUAGAUAAUAUUGAAGGACUAAAAAGGGAUGCCGAGGAGAGUUCUUCUUUGGAUGUUGUUGGAGGUGUUCAGAAGAAAAUGAGGCGUGGCACAGUUGAGAACCAGGAGCUUGAGCUGGCUAUUGUUGGUAGAGAACUACCCCAGUGUGAGUUAGCUAAACCAAUUCGAAUGAUCAGAGAAACAGAAGAAACCUACGGAGAAUGUUCUGCUAGCGCUGUUCCUUUUCAUGCAAAAAGUAGUAAUGAAGAUGAAGCCAUUCUCAGCGGAGCUUCAUUGUCAAAGCUAUCAGCACAUGAUGAGAAAAAGAUAGCACAGUCAUUUACCUCCUCUUUUCCAUAUUUUGUUAAAAUAAUUAAGACCUUCAAUGUCAGUGGUUCAUAUACUCUGAAUAUACCAUAUCAAUUUUCGAUGGCACAUCUUCCAAACUGCAAGAUAAAGAUUAUUCUUCAUAAUUUGAAGGGAGAACACUGGACUGUUAAUUCUGUUCCAACAACUAGAGUGCAUACUAGUCACACUAUGUGUGGAGGAUGGAUGGCUUUUGUUCGAGGUAAUAGUAUAAAGGUUGGAGAUGUUUGCAUUUUCGAACUUAUACGUGAGUGUGAAUUACGUGUUCGCAUCGCUGAGGUUGGAAAAGAUGGGCUUGACUGCCAAGUUGGAAAACUAGCUUUUAGUAUGCUCAGGGCAAGACAUGAUGUCGCUUGCCGAAAGACUGCCAAAUAUAUGUCAAAAAGCCCUAAAGUCAGCUCAAAGUCUAGAAACAAAGUUGAUCUAUCAGAUAAAAGGUUGUCAAAGAUUGGUCAAGAAGCUGUUUUAUCCGGUAGAGCUUCAAAUACUUCGAAGAAGGUGGGGGUUUGCCCCAAGUCGAAAGCUGCCAAGAAAAAGUUGGCUGUACCGCGGAAACAUAGUGUUGAAGAUGAACUAAGCUCCCAGGCUAAAGCUGGUUUGAGAAUGUUGUUUGCACUCGACGAGCAAAGAGUGGCUGAAGCUUUUACUUCCGACUUUCCUAAUUUUGUGAAAAUCAUGAAGAUGUUCAAUGUCAGCGGAUCAUACACUUUGAAAAUUCCAUAUCAGUUCUCUGCUGCACAUCUUCCCGCCGACAAAACAGAAGUUACUCUUCGCAAUUCAAGAGGCGAAUGUUGGACUGUGAACUCCGUUCCAGAUGCUAAUGGGAGAACAAUUCACACCUUUUGUGGAGGAUGGAUGGCUUUUGUUCGUGAUAAUGACAUAAAUUUUGGAGACACAUGCAUCUUUGAGCUGGUUUCUCAUUAUGUGAUGCAGGUUUAUAUAUCUGGGGUUGGAAAGGAAGGUCUCAACCAUCAAAAUGGGCAUGUGAAACUUAUUACUAACUAG